AGCGGGGUCAGCGGGUGCGCGGGGCGUGUCGCUCGCGCCGCCCAUCGGCGUUAUUUAAGCGGCGCGCGCGCACGCGGGCCGGGCAGCCGAAGCCCGCGCACAGUUCCGCCGCGACGCCGAUAACCGCGAUCUCGGAGUUCGCGCAUUUCACCCGGCAUCUGUACGGCCUUGGCAUCGCCUCCAAACCAGCUUACAUUCGUUUCUGCAUAUAAGCUGUAGCAGCAUGCUUAUCAACUGUGCGGUGCUUUUGCUGACGGCGUGGACACUGCAGCCCGCUGAUGCCGCUACGGCCGCCAGCGUCAAGCUGUGCGGACGCAAGCUCAGUGACAUUAUGAGCAGGGUUUGCCACGUCUACAAUAGCCCGUCCUGGGGUGACCCCACAGUAGUAGAGCAGCCGGGCAUGCGUCGGAAGAGACAGGCCGGCAUCGCGGACCAAUGCUGCACCUUCGGGUGCACAUGGGAGCAGCUCAACGAAUACUGCGCGAUCAGUUCUAAUUCGGAGUCGGCGUUGAGCGAGCUGGAGGCCCACAUGCUGGAAACGCGAGGCACGGAGCACAAGCGCGAGGCGGAGCGGCAGGCCGCGCCGGAGACGCCGCCCGAGGUGGGAGGCCGAAGUCGCGGGUACGGGCGCAGGAGGGGCCGCUGUUGGUGCCGGCGCAAGCGGCGCACGGGCCAACCGCGUACUCUCAUCGGUAACAUGAUACGAAACCAAGUCAAUAACAGACCAGAGCCCGUCGUGGGAACCGUGUCCCCAGUGCUGACGUGGGGCCGCACGCUCAACACCGACCUGCCCUCCAUGGAGCGCGACCGCUACAACUACAUCGCCGUCAACUCUUAAAAAACAUCGCUAUAAACACUAGAGAUUUAACUUGUCAGAGCUAAUUGGAAGCUAGCGACGAAACUGGA